AAUUAAAUAUUUGUAUGACAAUGCACAUGUUGAAAGCAAGGCAACAACUCAGUAUCAUUGUAGAUACCCUUAAAUGGAUAGGACUAGCUAGGUUAACUUGGCAUUUUUAGCUGAGAACAAGAUAUCUAACAGAGAAGUUAAUUCUCUUAACUCUAAACUAGCCCUAACUGGUGAUGUAAUUUUUUUUAAUAGAAUGAAAUUAUAAAUCAAUCUUUUGGGCAUUCUUGAUGACAAAUGGGAUUGUUCUGACAAUGGAGAAACAAGCAUCUGCUGAAACAUCCUCCAGUUGCGCACUGGGUGCUCUUGGAGGGCAUAUGAAGGAGGAGAGAACUUUCAAAGCUGCAAAGCUGAAUGCUUCUCUUGCAUCCAAAAUGAAAAGUAAAAUAAGAAACUACUCUUCUUUUUUUAAAAUAUCUUUAAAAUACAAUAAUAAAGCAUUGGCUCUGGCUCUGAGUGCAGAGAAGGAAAAUUCUCGGAGGCUGAAGAAUGAGAAGCUCUUUCUUCAGAAAGAAGUAGAGGAGCUGCAAUUUCAUAACAUUUUGCUUCGUCAAAAACUGAACUGUUUGAACAAAACACUCACAGAUAUAGAAGCUUUUUUGAAUAAUAAUCUCUUAACUGCAAUCAAAAUAAGCAGCGUUUCUGAGCAUCUUCAGAGUCCACUUCCACAACCAGAUGGUAAAAACAGCCAUGUUGGUGAUCCAUCCAAGAUUUCACAUCAUUCAGUUAGAUCUGGAGGAAUGUCUGUGAAGAUUCCUUUAGUUGCAGCACAUAAUGCAAAACAGAAAAACAGUCCUCCUGUAUGUGAAAUAGCUGAUGAUCUUUGUAAAAACACUGCUGUUGCAUCUAACAAAGUCUGCUCAGAUAAGAUCAGUUCUGAAUUGUUAUUGAGUUCUGAGAAAAGUAAUUCAAAACCAAAUGAAAUAGAAAAAAUGGAAACAGUCUUAGAUGCACAUGUAUGUGUCAAAGAAAAUCGGCCAUGGACAGAACUCAACUGUAGCUGUGUUUUCAUCUCUGAUGUCAGUAAUAUACCAUCUAUGGGCCCAUUUGAAGAGUUUAUGAAACCACACAAUGAUAGUCCAUUACCAUUAAAUGAAAAUAUGACUCAGUGGAAGAAACAUGCACUAUUUUGUAGAUCAGAUAUUAAAUCUACUAUAAAUGAAUGUAAUAAAGAAGGGAGUCUAAAUAAUGAGUCACAUAAUAUAACUGAUAAUGGCAAUGUGACUACUACUACAAGUGUUCAGCCAAAACUAAAUAUGUUGUCUCAACUUCCUCCUUCCCCAGUUCAGUCUAUCAAAGAAUUUGGUAAGACAGAAUCAAAUAAGAUGCACUUGGUUAGCGAGAGAAAGCCUGAGGAAACUGUUUAUGAUGCUGAUAUGGAAUUGACAGCUAGUGAUUUGCGCGAGAUCCUCACAGUUGCAUCAAAAGUCAAAAAUAAUAGGAAUAGUAAUGUAAAAAAUGAUAAAAUUUCAGCAAAUUUAAGAAAGGUGAGAUAUUCAAAUACAGGGAAAAAGGAUAAAAAGAAAAUGAACAGCAAUCCUAGAAGCAUUUCUGGUUUUCCAAGUGAGGAAGGGCACAAAAAUACUGAAGUUGCUAAAAAUUCAAAUAUUGCUGAACCAGAAGCUGACAUGUUUCAAAUGCAGAUAAAACCUGUGGCUCAAGGGAAUGCUUUGAAGAAAUGGAAACUACUGAGGAUCAAUAAACAUGAUGUUGGACAGAACUCUCAAAACAAUCAUAAAAAUGUCAGACAGACCUAUGUGGUUAAUUUAGCAUGUCCUGAUGAACCAAAACAAGAAAAAAAUAAAGAAGGUUGCUUGGAAAACAUGGCUGACAAGCUCCAAUGCCCUGACUUUAUCUUAUCCUGUAGCAACGCGCUAUCAAAAGAUUAUAGUACUAAAAGUUUACAAAGUAAAGAAAACCACGUGUCCAAUACCAUGUCUCUAGAGCAGAACUUAGCAGUUACAAAUGGGAACUAUAAUAGACCAAAAAUAAACAGAAAAAACUUUCAAAUCCCUUCUGAAAUGAGCAAAACAAAUUACUAUAGAGAAAAAACUGGACAGCAGUCAGACAGCUGUUCAAAAAGUUCCAGUGCAAAGGCAUGCCAAUCUGAUUGUAAGACAGAACAAGACCAGAAGAGUAACAGAAAGAGUGAAUAUCACAAAGAUGAUAGUUGCAGGGACAGUUCUACUUGUACUGUACCUAUCCAGGAAAUAGGCCAAAAGGUUAAUAUUUCACCAGGAAGCUCAAAGCGGCUCUUCACAAAAAGUAACCAGAAAAAUAAUAUUAAUAAAUCAAAAGAUCUUGCACCAUAUACAUUUUCUGUAAAGCAAUGGUUAAAAAAUGAAACCAUGUCACACAAUGAAGUUCUUGGAAAUAGAAUUACUAAAACACAGCAAGUUCAGGGAGAUUUAGAUAUUCAGACCAGUAAACCUGAGAACAAACAAUCAGCUAAAUCCUCCUUAAAGAACGUGGUUGAUUGCAGUGUUAAAAAGCCUUCUAUUUUAAUUUUCCCAGAUAAUCAGAUUAAGAACAAAGACAAAAUUAUUUCUAAGGAUGCUGAGAUUAGGCUAGAAGCGUAUGACAGGAGGCAUAUUGACCAGAUGGAACAGAAUGUUUUGGAUGACCAAAAGACCCAAACAGAGGUGGAGUCCUUCAUGAACAAGUUGAUUGUUAAACCAGAACUACUGCAUUUUAUGCCUAAAGAAUCAGAACUUUUAAAAUUCUCACCUGUGGCCUGUUCUGAGGAUAUGUCAGUUGCUUCAUGCAGCUCUUAUCAAGGGAGUCUUUCACACAAAGAGCUCCCAGCUGUUAACCACCAUACAAUUUCUGUAAACUUCCCUCUCCUAAAGACCUCUGAAAUCUUCAAAAAAAUUAAUGAGAGACCAUUGUGCACUAAUAAAGGAGGGAGGAAAUUCAAAAUGCCUUUUGAAAGAUCUUGUCAAAAGAACUUAAUACUAUGCAAUAAGAGUCAAGCUCUACAAGAUCUGACAAAUAUGAAAUUAUAUCCCCAUAAUUCCUUGCCUGAAACCCAGAAAAUUUUUGAAGAAAACUCAAAAACACCAACUAGACGAAGAAAAACCAACAUUUGCUACAAAGAACCUAGAUUAAACAGCAAACUGAGGCGUGGAGAUCAGUUUACAGAUUCGGAGUUUCUGAAUUCCCCUGUCUUCAGAGUAAAAAAUAAAAGGAGUUUCAAAAGUAAACCAAGACUAAGCUGAAAGCAAGCAAGAAGAGAACAUACUUUUAAAAUGUUUUGU